UGCCACGCAGACGUCAUGCGGAAGCUUAGAGAAGUAAAUUGCAAUAAACGUGUAUAUUAUUGUCAACGAUGUUUGAAUCAUAAUCGUUUGGAACCACGUAAAAAUCAUAAAUGUGACUGUAUAUACGCGAACUGUACAUGCAAUAAAUGUAUAUUAGUUGAGAAAAGACGCAUGCUAAAUAUACAGCUUCAUGAACUCGAAGAAAUUGCUGAUAAUGAAAUAAAUGAUAUUGAAGAUAUCGAUGAUAAUUAUAACAAAAUUGGCAAUAAAAUUAAAGGAGGCAAGUUUAUUUUUCUUUAA